GUAGCAUUCCCAAUAAGUUGUCUGCAUAUGUCUGUAGUGUUGAUGUGUGUUUUGUUCCUUCGUUUUGAUUGUUAAGAGUGGCUGUUCAACACAAAUUAAUCUACGAGAAGAAAGAACUUCAACUGAAUAUCGGGAGGAGUUUCGCGCAGUUCAUCUAAAGAACUCAAUCAAAAAUGGAUGUUAAUGAAGAACCGUCGACGUCGACAGAAGAGGUCGGUUGGGCUUCAGGACUUUCUAUUGCAGAUCAAGUGAAAGCUGCUGCCGAAGAAGCUCAAGCUCAAUCGGGAUUUGAAUACCAUGAAGAGACAGGCCUCUACUAUGACUCCACAACACAGAUGUAUUAUAACUCUGAAACUGGCCUCUACUACAAUGGUUUUACAGGAACUUGGUACCAAUAUGAUGAAGCCAUUUGUGAAUAUGUGGUGCAUCACCAAGUAGAAGGGUUUACUUUUGAAAAUGCUGUUGCCGAACAUGUUCUACAAAGUAUUGAUAACUACACAUCAGAAUUGUCUAAAAAGGUUGAGGCUGAAAUAAAGGCUACUAAGCCAGAAGGUGAGUUAUCAGAAGAAGAAGUGGAUGACACAGACUCCAAACACAAAAAAAGCAAAUGUGAAGCUCACAAACUUGCUGAGAAAUUACCCCCCUGUGCUCGUUUUCUUGUUGUAAGUUCCUGCAUUGAUAGAGUGCAAGUUGGUUCCUUAUUUGUUGUACCUUACACUGGUGGGACUAUUGGAAGGUUACCAGAAUGUGAAGUUUACUUGGAUGAUGUUAAUGUUAGCAAGAAACAUGCCAAAUUCGGCUACAAUCAGGAUGAAAAAUCGUUCACAAUCAUUGACAUGGGAAGUAGAAACGGUACUUUCAUUCAUUUGGAGCGUCUGUCUGCAUCCAAAGAAACGAGUGACGAAUACAUUUUAGCUCAUGAUUCGCAAGUACAAGUUGGAAGCGUCACGUUGUUAUGCCACAUUCAUGCUGGCUUGGAAACAUGCGACGGUUGUGAACCUGGUUUGGUGAUCAAAGAACAGGCUAACAAAGAGAGCAGCAUUUCCACGUCCGUGACCAAAGAAGACUUGGAAAAAGCUCGCAAAAGAGAGCUAAAGAAAAUACGACAAAAGUUUGGAUUGAAACUUCAUGAUUCCGAAGAGACCGUCUCGUUAAAACCAGGUUACCAAGACAGGGCAGAAGUUCGACGUCAGACGGUCGGUAUUGAUCCUGUCGGCGCAAAGACGGAACAAGCUUCUACCCUCGUGCCAAUAGCAAAGAAGAAUAAAGGUUUCCAGAUGCUGGCGAAAAUGGGCUGGAAUGAAGGUCAAGCUUUGGGUAAAACUGAAUCUGCUGAUGCCAUCACCGAACCAAUAUCGGUUGAUAUGAGAGCAGGAAGAGAAGGAUUAGGAGCCGAUGCAGUUCCUUCAAUCAGUUCGUUUCAUUCGGACGCGUCAAGGAAACGACGAGCGGAUGUCCUAGAAAAGACACGACAGCGAUACUCACAGGCACAAUAACACUAGAGUGCUGUUUUCCUUUUGUUCCAUCGUAAUCGCCUACCAAAUAUAUAUUUAUUUGGUGGGUAAUACAAGGCGUUUAUUGUAUACAUAGUGAUAUCAUUUCUUUUUAAAUAAUAAAGGAAGGGAACAUCUACAGCUGGCUAGGUAGAAGGGAAGCAAAGGAAUGUCAACAGGACGAGCAAAUUGAUUAACAUUAAUCAUGGGACACAUAAAGGGCUGCAAAACAUACGGGCCGAUUAGAGGGGACACAUGUGGGCUCCAACACAUCAGGGCCCAACCAGCUGAGGGAGAAAACCUUCAAAUAGUGUUCUUUCUAAGAGGAAAAAUAUCUUGACUUGUUAAGGAUAAGACUUCUCUGGUCGGAAAUCUUCGACCAGUCGACUGAGACCAUCAAAUUUCCAUAUACAAUUACACCUAAAAUAAGUUUUUUUUUUUCAUCCAAAAGAAAGUAGACACCAAUGUGGCCGUUGCGAACGAUUAAAAGGGCGGAAAAGUUUGCAGCCUUAAAGUGAAAACACAAAAA